AUGGGUGUCCCCGCCUUGUUCAGAUGGCUGUCGCAAAAGUACCCCAAGAUCAUCUCGCCCGUCAUCGAGGACCAUCCUAUAGAUGUCGACGGUGAAAAGAUCCCCAUCGACGCCCGCAAGCCGAAUCCCAAUGGCGAAGAGUUCGACAACCUGUACCUCGACAUGAACGGUAUCGUCCACCCUUGUUCUCAUCCUGAGGAUCGCCCCGCUCCCGAGACCGAGGAGGACAUGAUGUUGGCCGUCUUCGAAUACACCGAGCGCGUUGUCAACAUGGUCAGACCCCGCAAGCUUCUCAUGAUCGCCGUCGAUGGUGUCGCCCCCAGAGCAAAGAUGAACCAGCAACGAUCAAGACGUUUCCGUGCCGCCCAGGAGGCUGCUGAGAAGGACAAGGAAAAGGAGGAAUUCUUCAAGAUGCUCCGUUCGCAAGGCAAGGAACCCGAGGGUGGAGACGGCAAGCCAAAGAAGACCUGGGACAGUAACGCCAUCACUCCCGGAACUCCCUUCAUGGACAUUCUAGCCGCCAGUCUGCGCUACUGGUGCUCUUACAAGCUCAACACCGACCCUGCUUGGGAGAAGCUGAAGGUCAUCAUCUCCGACGCAACUGUUCCUGGAGAGGGAGAGCACAAGAUCAUGCAGUUCGUGCGCUCUCAAAGAAACUCACCCCAGCACGAUCCCAACACUCGUCACGUCAUGUACGGUCUGGAUGCUGAUUUGAUCAUGUUGGGUCUGGCCACUCACGAACCCCAUUUCCGCAUUUUGCGUGAAGACGUCUUCGCCAACGACACGAAGCCCGGAUGUUGUCGCAUCUGCAACCAGCCUGGACACAUGGCUGCCGAGUGCAAGGGCGUGCCCGCCAAGAAGGAGGGCGACUUUGGUGAGAAGAAGGGCGGUGCGCCUCUGAAGCCUUUUAUCUGGCUGCACGUUGCCGUCCUGCGCGAGUACCUGGCUGUCGAAAUGAGUGUCCCAAAUCAACCCUUCAAGUUCGACCUGGAACGCGCUCUGGAUGACUGGGUCUUCAUGUGUUUCUUCGUCGGAAACGAUUUCUUGCCUCAUUUGCCCUCUCUGGACAUUCGUGAACAGGGUAUUGACACUCUGAUCGCCAUCUGGAAAGACAAUAUUCCUACCAUGGGAGGUUAUGUUACCAAGGACGGUCACGUUGAUCUCGCUCGCGCACAACUCAUUCUUGAGGGUCUCGCCAAGCAAGAAGAUGCCAUUUUCAAGCGCAGGAAGGAGGUAGAGGAGCGCAAGGAGGCUGCCGCAAAACGUAGGGCUCAACAGGCAAACAAGCGCGCUCGUAGAUCUGGUGGUCCCGAGACGGGAGAUGGUCCCGCUACUCCUGUCGGACAGUACAUGGGCAGUCGCAAGCGUGGUGAAAUGAUACCCGACAUCAACGCUCUGCCUACAUUUGCUCCUGGAUCUGCUCAGACCGGUGCUGAUCCUCGCUACAUGACCCACGAUAUGGUUGUCAACAAGGCCAACGUCGCCAACAAGAGCGCAGCAGCUGUCUUGAAAGAGAAGCUCUUGGCUCAGAAGAAUGGAACACCCGCUGAGUCUCAGAAGGAUGCUGUUGAUCAACUGAUGAGCAGCGUCGGUGCUUCGACAGAGACAUCUCCUGCUUCAGUUCUCGGCAAGCGCAAGGUCGAAGACGAAGACAACGACGCUGGAACUCCAGGCCGCAACUCUCCUGAUCCUGCUCAAGAUGGUCCCGCCAAGGACCCUGAUGCUCCUGCCGAGGACACUGUCAUGCUUUGGGAGCCUGGUUACGCCGAUCGUUACUAUGAGCAGAAGUUCCAUGUCCCAGCUGGCGAUAUCGAUUUCCGUCAUCAGGUUGCUCGUGACUAUGUUGAAGGUCUCGCUUGGGUGUUGCUUUACUACUUCCAGGGAUGUGCCAGCUGGACCUGGUACUACCCUCAUCACUACGCUCCUUUCGCAGCCGACUUCGUCGAUCUUGACAAGAUGACUCUUGACUUCAAGAAGGGCAAGCCUUUCAGACCUUACGAGCAACUCAUGGGUGUCAUGCCGGCGCGCAGUAACCACGUUCUGCCUGCCGUCUUCCACCCUCUCAUGACUGACGAAGAUUCCGACAUCAAGGACUUCUAUCCCGAGGACUUUGUGGUAGAUCUCAACGGCAAGAAGUUUGCUUGGCAAGAUGAGAAGUCUCGCAACGCCUUCGGUCACGAUGCGUUGCUCUUCAGCACAAAACAUCCUCUGUACGAGGACGUGGCUACAAAUUUCUACUCCAAGAAGGCGAAUGCUGGCAACUUCAGCUUGAACCCUCGAGUGUCUGAGGGUUUGGCUGGUAAGGUCGAGAAGAAUGAGGACUAUCUUCCCUCAUCUUCGCUCACGUUCCCUCUUCCUGGCUCCACACCAUUCCAAGAUAUCGAUGAUGACCAGAGUAUCGCCGUCCACUAUGUUAUGCCUCCUACCAACACCAUUCACAAGAGCAUGCUGUUGCCUGGCUUAAUACCUCCCAACCCUGUUCUCGACUACAGCGACAUCGAAUCAACAAGGCAAAAGUCACAGAAGUCAGGUAGACAGUUUGGAGGAGCGCCACUCUAUGACCAAGGAGGUCGUGGCCGCAUCGACUAUAAUGCUGGCGGCGGUGGCAACGGCUACAACAACAAUGGAUAUGGAGGAAACAACGGCGGUUACAGAGGUGGCAGAGGUGGUGGAAACGGAGGCUAUAACAAUGGCGCUCGCAACGACAAUUAUGGUCGUGGUAAUGGCUACGGCGCACCGCCCCCUCCCGGCGGCUUCCAGAACCUCCCACCUGGUCUUGCCGCACAGGCUGCAGCACACUUUGGCAGAAAUGGUGGCGGUGGUCUUCCUCCACCGCCGCCUCCAGGCUGGAUGCCUGGUAUGGCUGCUCCUCCUCCUCCUCAACACCACCAAGGUGGCUAUGGUGGAGGCUACAACAACAAUGGCGGCAGCUACAACAAUGGUGGAGGAUACGGAGGUGGUGGCUACAAUGGCGGCAGGGAUAAUAAUGGCGGUGGAUAUCGUGGUCGUGGUGGAAGAGGAGGAGGUGGUCGUGGCAGAGGUGGAUACGACAGAUAUUAG